AUGCUCGAUCCUACUAAAUCCACACUUGACUUACUUAAAACUGCUAAAAAUUAGUUCUAAAAAUAUGAUACUUAAAAGAUUGGUACAAUCACUUCUCUUGCAUGUAUCGAUGCUCUCGAACACAUGUUUUCCCAAGAUAUAACCCAAACUGAUAUCAAAGAAAUUAAAUCUUCGAUUGAUGAGAAAGUUGAUCCUAGGGAAUUCGGUAAUUUGGUGAUGAAAUUAAAGAGCAACAAAAAGAAAAUACCUCCUACUCCUUUGGAUGAAGAAUUCAUCAUAGAAAAUUUCACUAUCAAUGAAAUAAAGCUCUUAAAAAGAUCUUGGGAAAAAUUUGACGAAACAGAAGGAUUUCUUAAUUUUGAGAGCACUAGAAAAUGCAUAGAAUACACUCUCACCCACUAUAAAAAUUCAAAGAACAAUGACAGUGAAAUAAAAAAAUUCUUCAUAAAUAAAGCUGCUGAAGGGAAAGAAAAAAUAUCUUACAGCGAAUACUUAAACUUUAUCUCACACUUCAUUAAAUACAGAAAAUUGAGUUAUAAAAAGCCUACUUGUUCUUGCUUUGGAUUUUGA